UUAUCCACCUUCCACCCUGACUACUCCCUUUGAGGUUCUUCGAGGAGCUGUUAUAUCAACCCGGUUAUCUUUCGCCUGCAAAGAUUACCCACCUGAUCACCGCCGGCAUAUCAAGGCCACCCAGCGUCGUUCUUGCUUCCCCGGUUUCCCCACUUCAGCACGAUCCUUGACUCCUUGCAACAGCUCUCUCCACCCACCCCGGCCGAUAUUGGACCCUAGUGGACGCUCAGCCAGUCCCGAGCUGUUGAAUACCGCUUAGCUGGCGGUACCCACACCAAGUGUCUGAUAAGCGAUAACUGCUUGGAACCGGUGAUAUGGGACCCCCCCGAUUCAACUAUAUAACGGACAUGGACGAGUCAUCUCAGACCCCGUCGCUCACUCUCGUUCUGGCCCAACUCUUGUCACCAUGGCCACAUCCGAUGCUGCAUCGGCCGACGUGAAGUCAACCCACGAGUCCGUGGAUGCCGACUCCCUUCAGGAGGAAGCUACCAAGUCCCUUCAGUAUACUGAGGUCGAGCACUCCUUGACCUUCUGGGCGGCCAUCAAGAUCCACUACCCAGCCGUCUGCUGGGCCCUCUUUAUCAACCUCGCCACCGUACUGAAGGGCAUGGAUGGCGGUAUCGUGGGCUCUCUCAUUGGCAUCGAGCCCUUCAAGGAGCAGUACGGCUAUCUGUACAACGGCAGCUACAUCGUCGCGGCGCACUGGCUGAGCGCCUUCAACUAUGCCAACAAGCUCGGCGCCAUCGUCGGCGCGUUCACUGCCGGCUUCGCCUACGACCGCCUGGGCCCGCGCCCCAUGAUGGCCAUCUGCUCGACUGGCUCGGUCGCCUUCAUCUUUGUGCAGUUCUUCAGCUCCACGCCGGCGCAGCUGUUCGCCGGCCAGCUGCUGAACGGCUGCAUCAUCGCCUUCUACCCCAUUUGCGCGUCCGCCUACGUAGGCGAGGUCUGCCCCCUCGCGCUGCGCGGCUUCGCCGCCUCCAUGACCAACCUCGCCUUCGUGGUCGGGCAGUUCGUCGCAUCGGGCAUCCUCAAGGGCACCAACGAAAUGCCCAACAAGCUAGCCUACAAGAUCCCCAUAGCAACCCAGUGGGCCCUCCCCGCCGUCAUGCUGAUCUUCAUCUUCUUCUGCCCGGACCCGCCCUUCUGGCUCUGCAAGAAGAAGAGGUACGCCGACGCCGAGAGGUCCAUCCGCCGCCUCGCCACCGCCUCGGUCGACCCCAGCCUCAAGCUCGCACACGUCAAGGAGACGCUGCGCCUCGAGGACUCGUUCAAGGGCGACGACGCGCCGAACCUGUUCGAUUGCUUCCGCGGGCCCAACCUGCGCCGUCUGAUCAUCUGUGUCAUGGCAUACGACAUGCAAGCCUUCACAGGCAACAUUCUCUUCAUCGACUACGCCGUCUACUUCUUCGAACUAGCAGGCCUCGACUCCUCCAACGCCUUCAGCAUGAACCUCGGCCUGACAGCCAUCGGCUUCGCCGGCACCUGCCUCUCCUGGUGGCUCCUCUCCUACGUCGGCCGCCGCACGGCCUACCUCUGGGGCUGCCUCGCGCUGAUGACCCUCUGCUUCGUGAUCGCGACCCUCGACUUCGCCCCGCCGCGCGCCGCCACGCCAGCCACCUGGGCGCAGUGCUCGCUGAUGCUGGUGUGCAACUUCGUCUACGACGUCACCAUCGGCCCUUACUGCUUCGUCCUGCUGGCCGAGGUGUCGUCGGCGCGCCUGCGCGGCAUGACCAUCGCCCUCGCCACCGUGUCGUGCCACGUCGUCUCCAUCGUCUGCGCCGUCGCCAUCCCCUACGCCAUGAACGAGGACCAGGGCGACUGGCGCGGCAAGAUCGGAUUCCUGUUCGCCGGCCUGGGCGCCCUCUGCGCCGUCUACUGCUACUUCUGCCUGCCCGAGACCAAGGGCCGGACGUUUGAGGAGCUGGACAUCAUGUUCGAGAGGCGCGUGUCGAGCCGCAAAUUCGCCGGCUACGAGAUCAAUGGCGCUGUUGCCGCCGCGCGAGAGGAAUUGCGUUGAGGGGGCCAAGUUGGCUUCUCUCUGUGCUUUGCCGUGAUGGGAGGGAUUUUGUGGAUUGUAUUUGCUUGCUUGCUUUGUUUCUGUUGGAUUGACCAGGUGGUUGACUGUUCUGCGUGUUCUUCUAAUGUGGGCUUAUCCCAGACUCUAAGAAAUUCCACCCAAGUAGCAUAGCCAAGACAUCUGGGUCCUGGGUCCCGAAACCGGUCACCUAACCUCGAAACUGACAGACCCCCCAGAUGAAGCCGUCGAUCUGGCAAAUCUGGCCAAAUAUGAAGCUAUUCUGACUUACUUAGUAUCCCAUAUCAAAAUCAUUCCCCGAAUUAGCGCCUUUCUUAGCCAACUCGUCAGUAUUUUAAAGUGCGGGA